AUGUUCGGUUUCCCCCGUGCAUUUACUGUGCUAGGCUCCCUCGUCGCGCUGGUUUCGCGAGCGCGGGCAGACUAUUACAUCGACGACACCAACUCGACGCUCCAGUACAACUCGAAUCCCACCGCUGCCUGGGGCGCGUUUAGUGCCGGCGAAACUCUCCAGCUGCUCCUCCCCAAUGGCACCUACCAGAACAUCAACGCUUAUUUAGCGCUUGACUUAUCGAUGGUGGCGUCCUUCAGCCGAUACGCGGCAUGCCACACCUCCGACAACUGCGUCCUGAACAUCCCUUUCACCGGUUCCGGCAUCGAUAUUCAGGUCCUGCAGCAGGGCCAGGCCGGGAUCAACGCAACAGCCGCGAUCGACAGCGGUAGCUCGGUCAACAAGGCGCUCGUCGCUGCCUCUGCACCGGCGUUCACGAACGCGAACGUGACCAUGUUCAGCUUCCAGGGCCUGACGACCGGGUCGCACACGCUCACGCUGACGGUGCUGGACAUGCAGGGCUCGAUCAGCGGAAUGAUGUUUGAUUACGCGUAUGUGAACGAGACGCUGGUCGCGAAGGAUAGUACGAGCACGUCGGCGUCGUCGUCGCCUACGGCUACUGGAGGAGGUUCGGCGGGCUCAAAGAAGUCCAACGCUGGUCCCAUCGUGGCUGGCGUAAUUGGUGGGCUGGCAGCAAUUGGCGCGGUUGUCUUCGCCUUGUUCUACCUGCGCCGUCGCCGAAGAAGCCAACCGCCAUACCAUUACGACGGAAUCGACGCGCCCAACCCUGCUCAAGCGCAUUACGAUCCCGGUCCUCCCAACAUGCGCGCGCAGGCCGCUGGCGGACAUCUGCCUUCGACUAUCCAGCGUAGCAACGUGGCGUCGAACCCCAUGGCGUCUGCUGCUGCGGUCGCAAUGGCGACGGUCGCAGCUCACCCUAUGCUCCCCGAACCAUCUUCGCCCACUCCCUCAACGCAAAAUUACUCUCAGUACGCGCAGGCUGCGCCACAGUCCACCCCAAACGUGGCUAACAGCGGCAGCAUACGCUCCGACGGGCGCUACGGUGGAACAAGCGCCCACACCCCGUCCGACAUCCAGCCUACAGUCCGCUCCGGCCCCUUCUCCGACGCGCAUUCCACCAGCGACGCUCUGUCCACAUCCUCGCCUAGCCAGGCAGGCUCAUCAGUAGCGUUCCCCCUCGACCGCAAACACCCCCGCGGGCCACUGCCCGAGGUGAUUCAGCCCGCCGCUGCCGCUGCCGAAUCGUCGCACGACGCGUCUCAGCAGCGUAUGGACACCAUGGCGCAGAGCCUCACCGACGAGCAGGCCGACUUCAUCCACAGCUUGUACCAGCAGAACGUCCCCGCGCCCGCCAUCGCACGUCUGAUGGAGCGCAUGGUGGCGAACCCCAACGCGCGGGUGAGCGACUGGGUGCACGAGACGGGGCUGGCGAGGUCCGGGACGGUGCAUUCGCAGGCGCCGCCGAGUUACGAGUAUCAGGUAUCGUCGUGAGGACUAUAUACAGUGUAGAUGUUUCAAAUGUUUCUCUCUUUCUGUCUGUCACUUACGUUUUUUGUCGUUUUCUGGUUUCCGUGUUUACAUCACCACGUUUUGUACGGCAUCGCAUAUUCCCUUCCUCGCUCUGGCACCUCACACUGUCCUUCCUCAUCUGACUCAUAAACAUAAUGGCAUUCAUGUAUUUAUCAUUCACAGUUCACAUAAACUGUUACACGGAUGAUUACCCC